UACACACACACACACACACACACAUAAUAUGUAACACUUUGAAAUUAAACAUUAUCCUCUAUACCCCAAGCAUAAGUAGUAAUAAAAAUUUAAUUAAUUUUAACUUGCUUUUUGAACAAGAAGUUCUUUCUAUUUGGAUAUUGAGAUAUUUUAAAUUAGAUAUCUCAAUAAAAAAAACUAUAUAUCAGAAACUAUGAUAUACUAUUAUAUCUUGGAAUAAUUAAUGUAUUUUAAAUACAGUAUCCAUAAAUUUUUAUAUUUGUUAUUCUAUAUUCAAAUAAUAUACAUAUACUCGUAUAUAAAAAAAAACGGCAAAGUAAAACUAUUCUCAAUAUAAUAUCAAAUCAUUUAUUUGCAUCUUACCCGUUAAUCAUGUACAAGUUCAACGAGAAACUAUAAUAUCACUCUUUGAAGUUAAUUAUAAUAUAGUACUAUAAGUACCAGAAGAGAGAAAGAUAUAAAAAUAAUACAAAUAAUAAUAUUUUGAAUAAAUAUUUUAUUAACAUUGAACUACUAGUAGCACACAUGUUAACAAACAAACCUUUAUUUUUAAAUUUGGAGAAAUAAACACACUAUUCUGGUGUGUCCUAUUUUAAGGAUCAAUCUUACGUAUCUUACAAAACGAACACUAAAGUAGAAUCUUAAAAAUGCUGAUAUUAUAAUAUAAAAUGUUGGUUACGCCUUUCAAAUUUUUGCAUGAAUAUUUUUUCAUUAACCAUUUCUUGUAGCAAAAAAGUAGUAUUAUAUAAAUUUCUUUAUAAAAUCAAUAGUUUCAUUGUGAAUUUGUUUAUAUAGAAAUGUAUGAUAUAAAUAUUCUGAAUGUACGAUAGCAUACAAUAUAUUGUGCGUCGCAUCAGUGCAUCAUAUUACCCUAAAUUAGAAAACUGCGCUGAAAUGUACAUCAGACGCAAAAAGUUAUGAUUGAUUUAAUCAAUCAAGAAAAUCAACACAAUUUAUCUAUGCAUUUAUUAUUAUUUUUUUUAUUUAACAGAUAUUAAUUCUAUGACUAGUAAAAUGAAAAUUAGUGUGAGCACGUGUACGUCAUAUUAUUUCUGCAUGUCGUAUGCACACGCGAUUGCUUGCAGGGGCGUGUGUAUGCAUAAAACUAUAUCACCUGUAACAUUUCUUGCUCUUUCUUUCUCUUAAAGAUAAAAAGUGCAUAUACACAUAUACUCUGCGGAGCAUAUAAAAUUGCUAUGUUAACAACAACGACUAUAUCCUGUCUUUUGCGCAAAUAAUUCCUUAUAAAUUUUUUUUAUGGAAAGAAGUCGAUCCGUAAAUUUCUUUAUGAAAAAUUUUAUUAUAUGGUUUAUUUUAAGAGGGCAUAAUAUAAGUGUUUGUAUCCCAUGAUAGUAUUUUCUGCUCUUUUACACUAUAGCGCUAAUAUUACACCGCAUUAAACAAAAUUAGAAAAUUGCACGGCAAUUUAAGUUAGAAGAGAGAAGUUGUGGAAUAUAUUUGAUCGAUCAAUAGAAACCUGAAGGGAUAAGUAAAUGUUAGUUUUUCUAUAGCCAUGUGUGUUUCGAACUUCGCGAAGACAUGACCCGUCUCGAAAAUCAUUUCAGUCUCAACAGAAUUCUUUUACUUGCUAUAGGCCUCUGGCCAUAUGAGCAAUCGAUAUUUUCUCGGCUUCAAUUUAUUCUUUUUUCUGUUAUUCUUAUGAGUGCUAUUGUAUUCCAGCUUACAGUAUUUUUGACUGCAAGAUGUACUCCAGAUCUGAUUCUUAAGGUUUCCCCUACUGUGCUUCUAUUUUGUAUUUUUUUAAUACAAUACAUCUCGUUAGAUUUUAAUAUUGAAUCAGUGAAAGAAUUGUUGAACUGUCUUCAAGACAUACGAGACGAGUUAAAGGAUAAAAAUGAAAUCGCUAUCACAGACGAGUAUGGCCGUAACGCGAAACGUUGCACGGCUGUUCUAAUAAUGAUUUCCAUGGUUGGCACAUGCUUAUUUGUAGUUAUUCAUUUCUGGUCGGAUGUUCUUGAUGUUAUUUUCCAGAUAAACAUAUCCCGAUCGCAUAAUUUGCCCAUCAUAACAGAAUAUUUUAUUAAUCAAGAAAAGUAUUACUAUUUAAUUCUGAUGCACCUGGCCAUAGCAGUUUAUAUAGGAAUAAUUGUAACGUUAGCAGUAGGAACAAUGCUCAUUGCAUUUUAUCACAAUACCUGCGGUGUCUUUAGAAUUGCUAGCUAUCGCAUCAAACAUUCGAUAAAUUCCAAUAUGAUACAAAACAGCAUAAAAAAUGAAGCUUUGAUGUCCGAAAGGAUAAUCUGUGCCGUGGGUAUUCAUCGUCAGGCUAUGAAAUUAACGAGAAGUAUGGUAUCUAAAUUACAAGUAAUGUACUGUUGUUUGAUUCCAUUUGGAGUGGCUACUUUAAGCCUCAACUUAUUUCGACUUUGUCUGAUUACCUCUUUAAAAAUUGAUCUUAUGGAGAUGAUGCCGCCUAUUGUCUCCAUUUUUGUCAUUAUCGUUUUUAUGUUCAUUGGAAAUUACCUUGGUCAAGAUCUUACGGAUCAUUGUAAAGAUGUAUUUCUUAAUGCAUACAACAUUCAAUGGUACAUGGCUCCCUUACCAGUACAAAGCUUGAUAUUAUUCCUAUUGCAAAGAGGCGCAACGGAUUUUAAAAAUGCAUUUAAAAUGUCAGAUUAAAUAUCGACAUACUAAAAAGUGAUAUUCAUUGCAGCUUGUGAAAAUUUCGAUGUCGUAUUUUACUGUUAUAUAUUCGACACGGUGAUGAAGAAAAAGGCAGAUAACAAAAUUUGUAACAAUAUUAUCUAUAUACAUAUACGUAUAUUAUAUAAAUGUAUAAUAAAAGCAUAAAAUAACAAUCUAGUGAAAAUAUAAGUGAUAAUGGAGCAUAA